AUGACGAACUACGCUCCUCCACCUGCCCAGGAAACUCAGUACUACCCUCACUUCCAGUCAAAUUCUCAGGCUUCUGCAGGAUACCCCGCACCGAACUUCAGCUAUCCGCCGCCUCCAAAACAGGCGGUGUCUCCUCCUCCGGCGAUUGGCUCCAACAAUCCGUAUGGAGCGAGCGUAUCCCCCCCUCCGCAGCCUUCGACACCUCAGUCUACUGCACCUGCCGUGCAGGCUCACAGGUCGUCUGUAGGGUCAGCGCAGUUUGGCUCGCCCGUCAAUACGACCAGUCAAGAUGAUACAGGGACGUUUAAUGGUGGAAGCUACAGAAUUAGCCAUCGAGACAGCAACUCCAUUGUGACCCUGCAGUUGGCCGUGGGUUGCCCAAUAGAGGCCAAGCCAGGGUCAAUGAUCGCCAUGUCGCACAGUCUCUCACUCAGGGGAAAAAUGAACUUCUCGUUCAAGAAGCUGAUUGCGGGAGGCGAAAUGACUUAUUCGACGUUCACAGGGCCCGGUGAGCUUUUGCUGGCUCCGUCAACCCUGGGCGACAUCAUCGUCCUGCGUUUGAGUGGCACAGAGUCCUGGAAAGUCAGCAAAGACGGGUUUUUGGCAUCGACGAGUGCCAUUCAGAAGGAGUAUCAGGGCCAAGGACUGACCAAAGGAGUCUUCUCGGGCGAAGGCCUUUUCAUUCACAAGAUGAGUGGAUCCGGCCUUGUCUGGCUCCAAAGUUUUGGGGCCAUCAUCAAGAGAGAUAUCCGGGAGGGUGAGUCAUACAUGGUCGAUAAUGGCCAUCUGGUGGCUUGGAACUGCAAAUACAGGAUGAAACGUGUUGCAGGAGGAGGGAUCAUGUCCAACUUGGCCUCUGGUGAAGGUCUGGUGUGCCAUUUCGAUGGACCUGGCACCGUUUACCUCCAGACAAGAAAUGCCCAGGCCUUUGCCGCCCACAUCGGUGCACAUACCGCCAGUAACUAG